UCUGUGACCUCUCUCCCAAACCCUAGGCUUUGCGGCGGCGGAUCCCGAUUUGGCGUGGUGGUCGGCAUUGGCGUUGGAGCCAGGGACGGCAGCGUCCUUGAGAAAAGCUACGGCGGCGCCGAUGCAGUAUACCUAGGCGCAGAUCUACGCGGCGGCGCAGGCGGGUGUAGUGUUGCGGUUGCGGCAGCGCCGAUCCAGUAUACACCGGCGACGACGAGAACUAUCAGGACAGCGACCACCGGCAGACCUUCAGGGAGUAAUGGAUCUUCUGGAUUUAAUUCAUGUCAUGUUCCAUUAUAAUGGAGAAUUUGUGAAGAAUGGGAACCACAUGAUGUAUUUGGGAGGCAGUGAAGCUAUGUCAGACAUUGACAGAGAUAAGCUUUCUUUGCCCGAGCUUUUGGGGCAUUUAAGAGAUCAUUGCACUGAUGUGGAGGGGAUACAAUGUCAGUUUUAUUGGUUAGUUCCAGGAAAAGAGAUGAAUGAUGGACUUGUUUUUCUGCAUGAUGACAACACUGUUCUUAAGAUGGCUGAGUUUGUUUGUGAUGGAGGAGUUGCAGAUGUGUAUGUUGAGAAGCAUGCUUCUGCUGAUGGGGAAGAAACAGUUGCAACAACAUGCUCUGCUGGAGAGGAAGAGGAACAGUUCACCCUUUUAAGUGUAGUUAUGCCAGAAGAACAAGUGCCCAGGUUAGAUGGGAAUACUGAUGCACAAGAUGGAGAGUCUGAUGAAGAGGACAGUGAUUAUAUACCUGAUGAUGAGUCAGCAUCUGAGGAUGAUGAAGAAGCAAGAAAGAUCAAUGCUGACUAUGUAGAGUACAAGAAGAAACUCAGGGCUGGCAACAUUGACAUUUUAGAUGAAGUGUUCAUUACAGAUGCAACAGUAGGUUCAAGGGAAAAUGUUGGAGAGGAUGCAACUGCUGUUGGAUAUCAUCUUAUCGGUGAACAUGAGCUCCAAUGUCAGAUAUCUUAUCGGUGA